GUCGGCAAAACAGGAAGUCUCUGCUUUGCUACACACGAGGAGGGCCUGGCUUCCAGGAAAGGAAAGUGAAAGUACUCGGGCCGAUCCUGCGGAGCUGCCUCGGUGUCCGCAGCCUCCCUCUACCUCCGGAAACUGGUGUGUGGCCCCACCUCAUCCCAUCUGAUCACCGCCAUGUCACCAAGAUAAUCGAUCUGUGUGAUGUUCUUUGAGAGGCCCAGGUGAUCCAGAUCUGUUUUGACUGUGUUAUGACAAAGGAUAGGUGCCGCACCCAGGGGGCUGAUAGAUGGGCAGACUUUCUCGUCACAGCUCCGGGAAAGGACAGAGGCAGUGAAAAUCUAAGCAAGAGUGAUCUGGGGCUGGCUCCAUGGUCUAAGAAGAAGAUGGCAAGUGCAGGCAGCCCCUCUAACUACAGAAUGAUCACAAGGGACCAGAACCUGGAGGAGCAGCACCCAGAGGAGCAGCUCUGCUAUGAGUUCAUAUUCAUGCUCUUCAAAGAAAAGAAGGUGGAGAUCGCAGGUGCCAUACCAAAGCCAUUUCCUUUCCUCAUGGGCUUGCGAGAUCGGGGCUUCAUCUCUGAGCCAAUGUACCAGGAUUUUCAAGAAGCUUGUAGAAAUCUGGUCCCUGUGGAAAGAGUGGCGUAUAACGCUCUUGAUGAGCUGGAGAAGAAAUUUGACAAGACAGUUCUGGAAGCCCUGUUCAGCAAGGUUAACCUGAAGGCCUAUCCUAAUUUACUUCAAAUUUGCAAUACCUUCCAAAACGCGAUUCGUGACAAAUUCUAUUACCAAAUCCUUGAUGAAGAAGAGACAAAAGAGAUGCUCAACUCACAAUUAAACCAUGAACAAGUGUCCUUGGAACACUCACCUCUCCAAAUGAACAGUGUAAGAGGAUUUGAAAGUAUGCCCAGACUGCUGCCAUAUAAUAGGCAAGUGUCCUUGGAACACUCACCUCUCCAAAUGAACAGUGUAAGAGGAUUUGAAAGUAUGCCCAGAUUACUGCCAUAUAAUAGGCAAGAGAACAGCAAUGCCUGGGAUGAAGAAUGGCCCCAGGAAGUCUCGAGCUUCUCACCAAGAUGUGUGCCAGUUUCCUCUGAGCACAAAUCUCUCCAAAGGACCAGCAAGGGCAAUUCUGAAGAGAUGCCCAAACUGCAGCCAGUGACCAGUGAUUCCAAAGCUCCCCAAGUGCCUCCUGAAGGAGAACCCAAGGAGGUGCUCAGCCUACUACCAGCAGAGGGAGAAGAGGAUAACAAUACCUGUUGUGUGAUCUGUGAGGAAGAAGAGCCCCAGGAAGUCCUGAGCUCCCCAUCAAGAUGUGAACCAGAGGAUAACAAUGCCUGUUGUGUGAUCUGUGAGAAAGAAGAUCCCCAGGAAGCUCCAAGCUCCCCACCAAGAUGUGAGCCAGAGUCCUGUGAUCCUGAAGCUUCCCAAAUGACUGACAAAGAAGAACAAGAGGAGCUGCCCAGUCAACCACUGGAUGGAGAAGGUACAAAGCGACCAACGUUUGGAAAUCAGUGCUCCUGUGUGAUGUGCUUCUCGAAAGAUGUGCCCAGAGAUCCAGAAGGAAGAACUGAAAGUAUGCAAGCUGAUGACACGAUAGAUAUGGUAGAUCUUGGGAACAACUCUACUGUGAGAAAACCCAAGAAGAGAAGAAAAAAAAAGAGAGGACAUUGCUGGACAAGAAGACCACGGAGAAAUGUACAUCGAAAAGCCCUAGAUAACAGCAAAGCUGCUGGCCAACCGGCCCCACAUGGAAAGAAGGUGAAAAUGAGUCUGCAGAAACCUGCCAAGAUCAGGAGGAAAAGGAGAGGCAGACCCCACUUUACUCAUAAUGACAGAAUCCCACAGAGAAGAGCUAAGUCAAGAGGGAAAAGAAUGUACACAUAUGAACGUGUGGAUUUUCGCUCUCAGAUAAUUCCUGUGACCUGUGGUAAGGUGAAGGGAAAGUUACACAAGAAGAAAUUGAAACAUGGAUCCUGGGUGAAGUGUAUACAGAGUGAGAACGGAGACUGGUUCACCCCCAGGGAAUUUGAAAUCAGAGGCGGCCACGGAAGAUCAAAGAAUUGGAAGAUAAGUGUUCGCUGUGGAGAGAGGCCCCUGCUAUGGUUGAUGGAGAGAAGAUUUCUCCACAAUCCUCCAAGGAAAUAUGGCAGGAGAAUAAAGAAAAGAGGACCAAAGUCUCCUGACAACACCUUAGAUAACCUUUGUCUGAGAAACUCAGAUGUGUGUGAGACCUGCCGGGAUGGAGGAAAGCUGUUCUGCUGUGACACUUGUUCGAGGUCUUUUCACGAGGACUGUCACAUCCCGCCCGUGGAAACUGAGAAGGACCCGUGGAGUUGCACCUUCUGCAGGAUGAAGGAGUCUUCAGGAAACCAGCAGGGUCUCGGGGAAUCUGAGGUCCUGGCGAGGCUGAUGCAGUCGGAGGAGCAGCUGAAAUGUGAGUUCCUCCUCUUGAAGGUCUAUUGCCAUUCAGAGAGCAGCUUUUUUGCGAAGAUUCCAUAUUAUUAUUAUAUUAAAGAGGCUUCUAAAAACCUCAAGGAACCCAUGUGGCUGGACAAGAUCAAGAAGAGGCUGAAUGAGCAGGGCUACUCCCAUGUGGAAGGGUUUAUGCAGGACAUGCGUCUCAUCUUUCAGAACCACAGGGCAUCUUACAAGUUCAAUGAUUUUGGCCAAAUGGGGCUUAGACUGGAGGCAGAAUUUGAGAAGAAUUUCAAGGAAGUGUUUGCUCUUCAGAAAACAAAUGAAUAAUGGAAUAAUGGAUGUUGUUGGUGUCCUGGAAAUUCCUCUUUUGGCCAAAUGUCUCAUUCCCCAGCUGCAUGAAGGGUUGGCUGCUGAUGCCACCCCUCCCCAGAGCACUGCCUUCAGCCAAGUGGAGCCAACUUCACCUGGAGGUGACACGCCCUUGGCCUGGGGGCCGGCCUCCAGUCGACCCAACCUGGAUGCUCUGUGCAUCCCAUGGGAUCAGGCUGGAGCCUGUCUGAAUAUCCAUCCUUACCUUUUGGCCCAAUACUGUCCUGCUUCCCUCAUUCCUUUCUAGCAAAGAAAUACAAAAUAAAUUACUUACGUAAGAGA